AUGGGAAGGUCAAGCCUGAGACAAGCAUCACAAUCCUUUGAGAAUGGUUUUGCUUGGAAAGUGGGAAAUGGAAAUAAUAUAAAGGCCAUUAGUAUGCCUUGGGUGAAUGGUUCCAUUCCAACAUUUAAAUCAGGACAAACUCUGGGAGCCGCUAUGAAUUGGAAAGUGAAGGAUUUCAUUAACAAAGAGGAAAGAACUUGGAAUGCUGGAAAGGUAAGGGAAUGCUUUGACUUGGAGAGUGCAAAGUCGAUCCUGUCAAUGGAACUUCCUCAGUCAACUGAGGAGGGCGAUUUUAUCUACUGGAAAUAUCAUCCAUCGGGUAGAUAUACCGUUAAAACUGGAUACUAUUACUUAUCUAAGGAUGAGGGUCUAGAUAGUUCAAAGUUUGUAGCAAGGGAUCAAGAGUUUGUAAAGGUGAUUUGGAGGCUGGGCAUCCAGCCUAAAUGGAAGGUUUUCCUACGGAAACUGUUUCAUGACGGUAUUGCAGUCAAGGUUAACCUGGCAAAGAGGGGAAUACGAGUAGAUGAAGUCUGUGAUCAUUGUGAGGUACGCUUAGAAGAUAGUCAACAUAUUUUCAGGUUCUGUAUUCUGGCAAAGGAAGUUUGGGAAAGCAGCUCCCUAACUAUUUGUCCUGAUUCUCCUGGAUUCAACUCGUUGAAAAGUUGGGCCCAACAUUUUAUCCUGCUGUUUAAUAGCAAGGAUGGUAAGAACAGCACCCGUUGUGCGCUGUUCGUGGCAACUUAUGGGGUUUAUGGAAAACUAGGAACGCUAGAUGCUUCAAUAACUCUAAUGGGACCAUAA